CUCAUUUGAUCAACAUCGCUGCAGUCGCGCUGUGAGCUGCGCAUGCGCGGAGAAACGCCGCUCGGUGUUGGAAUCGUUAACGGAGAACCAGGAGAAGCAAGAUCAGACAUCCCAGCUCGGUUACACCGGGAGCAGAUAAGAGCAGGACGGAAGGACGACACGCCCGUUUUGAGACUGAUGAACCUCCAUUCAGAAGUUGCUGGACUUUCAUGAACAUUCCAGCAUCUGUGCUGCAUUCAAGCUCUGAUAAAAAGGAGAAAAGCGAAGAGGAGAGAGAGUGGUGGAUGUUUUUGUGGAAACUGCGGCCCUAAAAGCGGUCUUCCAUGCUCAUGAUGGACAGGUUAAGAGACUGUGGUACAGUGCUGCUGGUGCUCUUCCUGGGUCAUGUGCUUACAGCGUUGGAGGUCCCGCUUGACCCUAAAGUUCUGGAAGGAUUGCCGCAGCCACCAACCAUAACCCACCAGUCUCCUAAAGAUUACAUUGUCGAUCCUCGGGAAAACAUUGUCAUCCACUGUGAUGCUAAAGGAAAACCCCACCCAAGCUUCUCCUGGACCAAGAACGGCAUACAUUUUGAUAUUGAAAAGGACCCUACAGUGACAAUGAAGCCUCAUUCAGGGACACUGGUGAUUGACAUCAGUGAAGGAGAGCGGGCCGAGGAUUAUGAGGGGAUCUACCAGUGCACUGCACGCAACGAGCAUGGGACAGCCGUCUCAAACAACAUUGUCAUCCGCCAGUCCAAAUCGCCUCUGUGGUCAAAGGAAAGAAUCAAACCAAUCAUCAUCCAGGAAGGCAGAUCUCUAAUUCUGGAGUGCAGACCUCCUGCUGGACUUCCUCCUCCAAUCGUCUUCUGGAUGGAUAACAAUUUCCAGAGGCUUCCACAGAGCGAUCGUGUCUCUCAGGGCCUGAACGGUGACCUCUACUUCUCCAACGUGAUCACGGAAGAUUCCAGAAAUGACUACAUUUGUUACGCACGCUUCCCCCACACACAGACCAUUCAGCAAAAGCAGCCCAUCAGCGUCCGUGUCCUCAACAUGGAUGCAAUCAAUGAGACAAUGGCAGCUUAUUUGAAUGAGACUGAUUUGUUUGGUGGUGAUGCACUAGAAGAGAUACAACCUUCAUUUCUGGUCCCGAGUGGUUCUACAAGCUCAAAGAUGGUUCUCAGAGGAGAGGAUUUAGAGCUGGAGUGUAUUGCUGCAGGACUCCCAACUCCAGAAAUUUCUUGGAGCAAGGUAAAUGGUGAGCUUUCCACUGCAAGAACCAGCUUUCUAAACUUUCAGAAAAUGCUCAGGAUCACAGAGGUCACUGAGAUAGAUGCUGGGGAUUACCGUUGCACUGCAAAGAACCACCUGGGCUCUGUCCAGCACACUAUCCAAGUAACUGUGAAAACUGCUCCGUACUGGAUCAGUUCGCCACGUAAUCUGAUUUUGGCUCCGAAUGAGAAUGGAGCCUUAACCUGCCGAGCAAGAGGGGAACCCAAACCCACCAUCACCUGGUCCAUGAAUGGAGUACCCAUUGAGAAUGCUCCUGUAGACCCAAGCAGGAAGGUGGAGAACGAUACUAUUAUUUUCACUGGUGUUCAGACUGGCUCCAGCGCUGUAUACCAGUGUAACGUCUCUAAUGAAUAUGGGUAUCUGCUUGCCAAUGCCUUCGUCAACGUACUGGCUGAGCCUCCCAGAGUACUCACUCCGAAUAAUAAAGUCUACCAGGUCAUCAUGAACAAACCUGCUCUUCUGGACUGUGCAUCCUUUGGCUCUCCUAUUCCCAGAGUAGGAUGGUUUAAGGACACUUCCAGUGCUUUGAUGGGGGACCCAUAUCUGAUUCAUGAAAAUGGAACUCUGGAGAUCCCUGUGGCACAGAAACCAAACGGUGGCAAAUACUCCUGCGUUGCCACAAACUCCCUUGGCACCGCAGAGAAUCACGUAUAUCUGGAGGUCAAAGAGCCCACGCGGAUCGUGAAGCAGCCUAAUUACAAAGUCGUCCAGAGGAACCAAGACGUGGUCUUUGAGUGUACAGUAAAGCAUGACCCAUCUCUCAUUCCCACCAUAAUCUGGCUCAAAGACAAUGGAGAGCUCCCUGAUGAUAGCAGAUUUAUCAUGGGCUCAGACAGCCUUACAAUCCAGGAAGUGACAGAGAAUGAUGAAGGGACGUACACCUGUAUUAUGAACACCACUUUAGACCAAGACUCGGCCAGUGCUGACCUCACUGUUGUCGAGGCUACCCUGAAACCAGGGGUUGUUUACGAACAACCAGAUCCUCCUGCAGACCUGGAGUUAACAGAUCCAGGUGCACGGAGCGUCCAGCUCACCUGGAUCCCUGGUGCCGAGCACAACAGUCCUAUCAAGAAGUUUCUUAUACAGUAUGAAGAUUCUCUUCAUGACAGUGGCACUUGGUAUAACAUGACAGAAGUGCCUGGCACUAAGACCACAGCACACCUCAAGCUAUCCCCCUAUGUGCACUACAGAUUCCGAGUCCUGGCUCUCAAUGAUGUUGGCUAUAGCCAGCCAAGCCAGCCUUCCCACUUGUACAAAACAAACCCUGCAGCUCCUGAUGAGAAUCCCAGUGAAGUCAAUGCCAUGGGGACAGAGCGUAAUAAUUUAGUCAUAUCAUGGAAGCCAUUGACAGGUCUUCAGUCAAAUGGUCCUGACUUGCAGUACAAAGUUAUGUGGAGACAGAAGGAUUUAGAAAACGACUGGUCCAGUGAUGUCGUAAAUAAUGUUUCUAGGUUUGUGGUAUCUGGGACACCCACGUUCAUGCCAUAUGAGGUGAAAGUUCAAGCAUUAAAUAAGUAUGGCAAUGGACCAGAACCAAGAGCCGUCACUGGUUUCUCAGGAGAGGACUUACCAGAUGCAGCUCCGGAAAAUGUGCGUGUUGAGGUGAAGAACAGCACUCUGGCAGAUGUCCACUGGAAGCCAGUACCGGCAAAAUCAGUGCGUGGAAGACUGCAAGGCUACAGGGUGUAUUAUUGGAAAGUAAGAAGCCUGCACAAUCACAAUACCCAUGUUCACUCCCACCACACGGAGCAGCAAACACUGACCCUUACCGGGAACAGGAGCCAUGGCAAGCUUCCUGGCCUGCAGCCACACAGCGUCUAUACACUUAACAUCAGGGUUUUUAAUGGGCGGGGAGAAGGGCCUGCUAGUGCCAACCAACAGUUUGAAACUCCUGAGGGAGUUCCGGGUAUACCAGCAUCCCUUAAGGUCAUUGGCAGUAAUGUAGAUUCCCUGACUCUUCAGUGGGAGCCACCCCAUGAGCGAAAUGGACGUCUCACAGGAUACACCCUUAAAUAUCAGCCAGUUAAUAACUCCAAUGAACUUGGCCAGUUGGAAGAAUUAACUGUGAAUGCCAACGAGACCACUAUCACACUGCCCAACCUCAAGUACAGCACACACUACAAGUUUGAUUUCAGUGCCAAAACGCAAACAGGAUCAGGCCCAAGCAUUAUUGCGGAGUUUGCAACAAUAACAGGGAUUCCAGCUUCUCCCCACCCAGUCUCCCCAACCUCCCAGUCUCUACACCCCCCUCUUCACAAGGCUCAUCCUGUCCCUCCAUUGUUUGGGAACGUUAGCUCGUCUGUGGGCGAGGAUGGAGCGCUAAUCAGUUGGGAGUACUGGGGACCAGAAAAACACAUUUAUGUUGAAUAUAUUGUAGUGAACAGCGAUGAAGACUGGCAAAAAGAGAUGGUAAAUGGAUCAAAGUCCCAUGUGCUUAAGGGUUUAAAAGAAGGGCUGGCAUACAAAGUGCGUGUGGUGGCUCAAAGCCACACCGACCAAACAAUCCAUCGUUCUGAGGAGCUGGUUGUUACGGUACCAGCUAUGGCCAGUAGGCAGGUAGACAUCGCUACUCAGGGCUGGUUUAUUGGCCUCAUGUGUGCCAUUGCCCUGCUUAUUCUGGUUCUCCUUAUUGCCUGCUUCAUUAGAAGAAACAAAGGCGGAAAAUAUCCAGUGAAAGAGAAGGAGGACGCACACACUGACCCCGAGGUCCAGCCAAUGAAGGAUGAUGAUAUUAUUUUUGGAGAGUACAGUGACAAUGAGGACCAUAAACCAUUAAAAGGAAGCCGCACGCCGUCCAGUGGCACCGUAAAGAGAGACGAAAGUGACGACAGUUUAGUUGACUACGGGGAAGGUGGAGAUGUACAGUUCAACGAGGACGGCUCUUUUAUUGGCCAGUAUAGUGGAAAGACAGAAAGGGACACCGUGCAGGGUCACGAGAGCUCAGAGGCCCCCUCACCUGUAAACGCCAUGAACUCUUUUGUUUAAGCACAGGGUGAACGUAGGACUUUGGAUUUUCAGCAUGAUUACAGAUCUAAAUAGUUCCCUGUUUACAUGAAAUGAAGGAAAAAAAAUAGGGAGUGUAUUAAGUUUUAUGAGGAAUAAAUCAAUUUGUCUGGAGAGAUUCAUGUCGAGCAGGGUGACUCAAACAGGAUCCACUUUAUUAAGCCUGGCAUGAUGAUUGGAAUACAGAUGUGGCAAUUCUACAACUUCAUCACUGUUGCAUUCACUAUUAAGACUGAUUUCAGUUACACAUUUACAUUUCAGCUAACAUUAAGUGACCUUUUGGUUACUCCUAAAAACUCAGUAUGUCAGUGCUGCAUGCAUAAUAUGCUACUGUUACUCAUAACAUAUGGUUGCAACUAAAGAGACCUAGAGUAUGUGAAAGACGUAGCUAAUUUAUGAGGAUUCUGUGGUGCUUUUUUGAAAUAAUGGGUAUGCCUUGACUGUGUUUUGAGUAUUAUAUGAGAAUUGUACAGAGAAAACGAACCGGUGGAGACACUGGAUUUAAGGCACUGCUAUAAGAUAUUUGAUCACAUGUAUACUUAUUAUAAUUCCAUGUCUUUUUUUCGCAAGAAUGAAAGUGUGUGUAAAUAGCUGUAGAAAGAAAAAGCCUUUAUCCUGUAUAAUAGAUGGAAUGUGUGCAGAAACCUU